UAAGGUAUUUUUUUAGGUGCACAUGCAUGUUUAGUAUUAUAAAUAUUCCAUUUACUGAAUAUACAAGAACAAAUGCAUCAUAUAUGAACUUUUUUCUUUGCACUUCAGUUCUGUCUGUCUGAUUCAGACUGCGUUAAAUGAACAAUGUGCCGGGUUCUGAACAUCUUAUUGGCUCUUCUGAGUCGCUUCCUGUUUGCGGUGCAUGGGAUCCUGACAGUGUGGCGUGUAGUGGAGGUGACUGGAGAGCCCUCCUAUUGGCUGCUGCUGAUGGGUGUGACGCUGCUGGGUGUGGAGAUGGCAGUCACUAUCAAAUACACACAGAAUGCUGAAUGGAAAUGGUUCUCACCUAUGGUGUUUCUAUAUCUGAGCACUGUGAUUCCCUCGGUCUGGUUCCUGGAACUGAACCUCCUACAGUCCAAUCUGCCUAUCAACUCGAGCACAAACUCUGACCCGCAAUUCUUCUCCCAGAUGCCUCUAACAAUGGGGUUGGCGGAACUUGAUCCUGAGAACUGGGUGGAGGCUCUGGAGCAGACCAUGUUGAUCGUUUUGGUUCUGGGCCGCUGGCUGAUGCCGAAGGGCGACAUGUCACGUGACCAGCUAUCUCAGCUCCUCAUGGUUUAUGUGGGGCUUGGAGCUGAUAUCCUGGACAUCUUUGACACGUUUAAGGAGCCGCAAGUGAAAACCAAGCAGGCUGUGAUCAUUGUUGGGCUAAGUUUGUUCUCCUGGGCCUUGAUGCAGUUUCCUCUUGUUCUUACCCAAACCAGCCAUCCCAGAGUCCGAGAGGAAGGUCAGUCAGAGGCUGUAAAGCCUGGGCGAGCUGGCUGGACCGUGUCCUGCUGCUCUAGCGAAGUCUGGAGCCUUCUGCUAACGGUGGGUCUACAGGAUGGCCCAUUCCUGAUUUACCGUCUGUACCUCAUGAUACGUGAAAAUGUUCUGAACCAGCUGAUGAUCUUCUUCACAUGCAAGAACAUCCUCAUUGUUUUGCUGGAGGUCUACAGGAUCGGUGUUGUCCACUUGGAGCAAAGCAAUUCAGGGGGCAAAACUGAGUCAUGUGACCUGUCUCGUGGACACACGGAAUGGACUGAUGAAGAGGCUAUAGAAUCCAGUUGUCAAGAAUAGAUUCGA